AAAACAAGUCCUGCUCAAAGUGUAUCGAGACGCGAGAGUGAAUGCACAUGCUCCGUGCGCUCAGUGUAAUUUUUUUUUUGAUCAUUGGUCCGUUGGAAAAAGCUUCCUGCAGCUUUCUGGGCUGCUCUGAAGUGCCUUGUGGUGUGUAGUGCCUCUCGUCUCAGGAGGACCCAUUGCCUGGGAUCACGUAUGGAGAAUUGUGCUGGGUUUACGACGGUGAGGUGCGAUCGUGACGGUGGAGGAGGAUCCUUCUAGUGUGUGGCUUGUUUGCUUAAUUGUUGUGCUCAUGUGUUUCCGCGCGUUGUCCUGAAGCACGCAAAGGACUGUUUUGGCUGUUUUUUUUUGUGUGUAAGAAAGUGAUCUGAGAAAACACAGUGGAUGAUGAUCAUGAAGAAACCGGAAGAGAUCCAAGAAGGCAAUUAAAUCUUGAGCAAAGCCCCGUAAUGCGUGUGAAACAAAGGAAGUCCAAGAUAGAGGACCGGAAGUGAUUUUGAGAUUUUAACGGGAUCGAAUCGUGUGCGCUGAUCGAGUGGUGGAAAAAUACGAUUUUACUAAUAGCCAAAUGAUCAACAGUUUGGUGUUCGAGUGGAUGGUGCAGCAACGAUUACAAUGAGUGUUAACCGGGAGUUUGGGCCUUCUGAAUGCCAAGCAAAGGAUGAAUCGUGAGGAGUGAAUGUAUCGCGAUUGCAGGAAAAAUAGUGCUCAGUGCUCGGUAUACAAAUGGGAAAACCAAACCUUGUUUUAAUAGUCGGGUGCAACAUGGUAGAGUGAACCGUGGUUUAGUGCGUAACGGGGGAAAAGAUAAGGAUUUAUUCGGGUGAUAGAUUACAACCGGGGUGAACAAUACCCACCGGAAGGAUUUGAAUAUUUCCUGGAGGAGAAAUAUCUCGACACGGGACUAUGUGGUUAACGACGACCGCCCGAAGGAGGUCGUCCUCCGUAAGGGCCACCGAGCUUUCAGAUCUGUGGAUUAGGCUACUCAUUGCGGGAUUUCUGCUGGCCACCAUUGUCGACUCAGCUGCUGGCUUUCUGUCGUGUUCGCCAUCGCCGUGCAAACAUGGGGGAACAUGCGUCAGCAAAUCGAUUGGAGCAUCUUAUUGCAACUGUACGUCGCGCUAUACCGGCGAAUUUUGUGAGUUCACAAACCCUUGCCAUAUCGGGGCCGGUCCCCGGUGCCAGAACGGGGGUACCUGCGAGGUAACGUCCCGCGAUGGCAUUCCGUCGUUUUCGUGCCGCUGCCCGAUCGGCUACACCGCGAGUUUGUGCGAAAUUCCGGUGAAAAACGCGUGCGACUCGUCCCCGUGUAGCAACGGGGGAACCUGCAAGCUGAAAACGCUGGACGACUACAGUUGUCUGUGCGGGACGGGGUACUCCGGAAAAUACUGCGACAAGCAGAACCUGUGUGCGUCGUCGCCGUGCCGCAACGGGGGCACCUGCACCCUGUCGCUGAACGGCCACGUCAAGUGUAUCUGUCCGAACGGGUUCAAGGGUUCGACCUGCUCGGAGGACAUCGAGGAGUGCGUGAAAAAUCCCUGCGUCAACGGGGGCAAAUGCGUGAACACGCACGGAUCGUAUCAAUGCAUGUGUGAACCCGGAUACACUGGCAAAAAUUGCGAAUCGCACUACAUUCCCUGCUCGCCGUCGCCAUGCCAAAACGGGGGUACUUGCAAGCAGUCGACGAAAUUCUCCUACGAAUGCAAAUGUCCACCAGGUUUUCAGGGAAAAAAUUGCGAAGAGAAUGUCGAUGACUGCCCGGGUAAUAUGUGUCAAAACGGUGGCACCUGCGUUGACGGGGUCAACGCGUAUCACUGCAAGUGUCCGCCGAGCUUUACCGGAGAGUACUGCGAGACGGACGUGGACGAGUGUGUUCAGCAGCCAACGAUCUGCAAAAAUGGGGCCACCUGUACGAACACCCACGGUGGCUACAAUUGCAUCUGUGUGAACGGUUGGAAUGGGCCGGACUGCAGCAACAAUAUCGACGAUUGUGUCGAUGCGGCUUGCUUCAACGGGGCAACCUGUAUCGACGGGGUGGGAAGCUUCUACUGUCGCUGUACGCCCGGCAAGACGGGACUGCUGUGUCACUUGGAUGAUGCGUGCACCUCGAAUCCCUGUCAUGCGGAUGCCAUCUGUGAUACCAGCCCGAUCAACGGGUCGUUCACCUGUUCCUGUGCGAUGGGAUACAAGGGUAUCGAUUGUUCCGAGGAUAUCGACGAGUGUGACCAAGGCUCUCCCUGCGAACAUAACGGUAUCUGUGUCAACACGCCCGGUUCGUUCGCCUGCAACUGCACCCAAGGGUUCACAGGACCCCGAUGCGAAACCAAUGUGAACGAGUGCGAGUCCCAUCCAUGUCAGAACGAGGGCAGCUGUCUCGAUGAUCCGGGUACCUUCCGCUGCGUUUGCAUGCCAGGUUUCACCGGAACCCAGUGCGAGAUCGACAUCGAUGAGUGCGCCACCAACCCGUGUCUGAACGGAGGAAUCUGCCGGGAUCUGAUCAACUCGUUCAAGUGUACCUGUGCGAUUGGCUUCACGGGACUGCGCUGCCAGAUCAACAUCGACGAUUGUCUGUCGCAACCAUGCCGGAACGGGGGGAUCUGUCACGAUUCGAUCGCAGGUUAUACGUGUGAGUGUCCGCCUGGAUACACCGGACUAUCCUGUGAGACCAACAUCAACGACUGUCAGUCGAAUCCGUGCCAUCGGGGUCUCUGCAUCGAUGGGGACAAUUCUUUUACGUGUCAGUGUAAUCCGGGGUACACCGGGUACCUGUGCCAGAUUCAGAUUAACGAGUGUGAGUCCAAUCCGUGUCAGUUUGGGGGACAUUGUGAGGAUUUGGUUGGAGGGUACAUAUGCCGAUGUCAACCGGGAACGUCCGGAGCGAAUUGCGAGGUUAACGUGAACGAGUGUCACAGCAACCCUUGCCGACAUGGAGCGAAAUGCAUCGAUGGCAUCAAUCGGUACUCUUGCCAAUGUGUACCUGGAUUCACGGGAAUGCAUUGUGAGACGAAUAUCAACGAGUGUGCGUCGGAUCCGUGCGCAAACGGGGGUGUUUGCAUGGAUCUGGUGAAUGGUUUCCGGUGCGAGUGUCCUCGGGGGUAUUUUGAUGCGCGUUGUCUGAGUGACGUAGACGAGUGUGCCUCGAAUCCAUGCAUCAACGGGGGUCAGUGUGAGGAUGGAGUGAACCAGUUCAUCUGUCACUGUCCGCCCGGUUAUGGGGGACGUCGUUGCGAGACGGAUAUCGACGAAUGUGGCUCGAAUCCGUGCCAACAUGGUGGCAUUUGUCGGGACGGGUUGAACUCCUACACCUGCCAGUGUAUGCCCGGUUACUCGGGACGGAACUGCGAAGUGAACAUCGAUGAUUGCGUCAAUAAUCCGUGUCGGAACGGGGGCUCGUGUAUCGAUUUGGUUAACGGUUACAAGUGCGUUUGUCGGGUGCCGUUCACCGGGAGGGAUUGCGAGUCGAAGAUGGAUCCCUGUCUGCCGAAUCGUUGUAGAAAUGGUGCCAAGUGUUCUCCGAGUCCGAACUACAUGGAUUUCUCGUGUAGCUGCACGCUUGGUUACACCGGAAGGCUGUGUGACGAGGAUAUCAACGAGUGUGCCCUUUCGUCGCCGUGUCGGAAUGGCGCUACCUGUCGGAAUACCAACGGGUCGUAUCAGUGUCUCUGCGCCAAGGGUUACGAGGGUCGCGAUUGUACGGUCAACACGGACGAUUGCGCGUCGUUCCCGUGUCAGAAUGGGGGUACUUGCCUGGAUGGGAUUGGUGAUUAUACGUGUCUCUGCGUGGAUGGAUUCGAGGGAAAGCACUGUGAGGUGGAUAUCAACGAGUGUCUAUCGAUACCUUGCCAGAAUGGGGCGACCUGUACGCAGUAUGUGAACUCGUACACCUGCACCUGUCCGUUGGGCUUCAGUGGUAUGAACUGUCAGACGAACGAUGAAGAUUGCACGGAGAGUUCCUGUAUGAACGGUGGCACCUGUAUAGAUGGUAUAAACAGCUACAAUUGUUCGUGCCAGGGUGGUUUCACGGGUUCAAACUGUCAGUACAAGAUCAACAAGUGUGACUCGCAACCCUGCCGCAAUGGUGCCACCUGCUACGAUUACGACAAUGACUACACCUGUCAUUGUUCGUAUGGUUACACAGGGAAACAGUGCAUGGAUUACGUGGACUGGUGUUCGCAGUCUCCGUGCGAGAAUGGUGCUACCUGUGUCCAGCGGGAGAACGUCUACCAGUGUAUUUGUGCACCCGGUUGGACCGGAAAACUGUGCGAUGUUGAGAUGGUAUCCUGUAAGGAUGCCUCUAUCCGUAAACGGGUCGAAUCUAAGCUGUUGUGCCAUAACGGAACUUGUGAGGACUUCGGCAAUUCACAUCGCUGCCACUGUCAGCAGGGUUACAGCGGGUCGUACUGUCAGAAGGAGAUCAAUGAGUGCGAGAGUCAACCCUGUCGGAACGGGGGUCACUGCAAGGAUCUGAUAGGUUCGUACAAGUGUAUCUGCAAGAAGGGUUUCCAGGGUCAGAACUGCGAACUUAACAUCGACGAGUGUAAGCCGAAUCCUUGUCGCAACGGGGGGAUUUGCCAUGAUCUGAUAAACGACUACAAGUGUUCAUGUCCGCCGGGAACGUUGGGGGUGCUGUGCGAGAUCAAUACGGAUGAUUGUGUGCCCGGGGCUUGUCACAAUAACGGUAGCUGUAUCGACAAGGUGGGAGGAUUCGAGUGUCGGUGUCCACCUGGGUUUGUGGGGUCACGGUGCGAGGGUGAUAUCAAUGAGUGCCUCUCCAACCCCUGCUCCAACCCGGGAACGCUGGAUUGUGUCCAGUUGGUGAAUGACUACCACUGUAACUGCAAGCCAGGUCAUAUGGGACGCCACUGCGAGAUCAAGGUGGAUUUCUGUGCGAACUCUCCUUGCUUGAAUGGGGGCCUGUGCUCGACUAGGCAAUCGGGACAUCACUGCGUGUGUGCCGAUGGGUACUACGGAAAGAACUGUGAGUUUUCCGGUCAUGAUUGUGACUCAAAUCCGUGCAUCAAUGGGGUUUGCCAGAUCGCGGACGAUGGUGGCUAUCGGUGCGAAUGUCCGCUCGGGGCGAGUGGUAUAAAUUGCGAGAUCGACAUCCUGGACGAGUGCAGUUCGAGUCCGUGUGAGCGUGGGGCGGCCUGCCAGAACAAACUGGGUGAUUUCGAGUGCUUCUGUCCGCCGAAGUGGGCUGGUAAGACCUGUAACAUCUACGAUCCCGCCUAUAAGGGAUGGUUCGAUAGUGCCAGCAAGAAGAAGGGUAUCCUGAACACCUACGCACUUGAUUUGGAGUACCAGAGGGCGCAGUGUGCCAAAAAGGGUUGCCGGGAGAAACAGGGCAACCAUCGGUGCGACGAGGAAUGUAAUACGUACGCUUGCGACUUCGAUGGGAACGAUUGCUCGCUGGGGAUCAAUCCGUGGUUGAACUGUACCGCCAGCAUCAACUGUUGGGAAGUGUUCAUGGACGGUUUCUGCAAUGAGGAGUGCAACAACGCCCAGUGUCUGUUCGAUGGACGCGAUUGUGAGAAGAAGCUGCAGCCCUGCAAUCCAGUUUACGAUGCCUAUUGCCAGAAGCACUAUGCCAAUGGGUUCUGUGACUACGGGUGUAACAACGCCGAGUGUAAUUGGGACGGGCUGGAUUGUGAGAAUGAAAAGGAGCCAGCGCAGCUGGCGGAAGGCGCCAUUUCUAUCAUCCUGCUGAUGGAUUUGGAAACCUUCAAGAAGAACUCCGUCCAAUUUCUGCGUGAUCUCGGCCAUCAGCUGCGUACCACCAUUCGAAUCAAACGCAACGGCGCAGGGAUGGAGAUGAUCUAUCCUUGGAAGGGAGACGCUGCCCUGCAAGGACUAGCCGAGAGUGAUUUCGGACGUAAACAUCACGUCGUCUAUACGGAAAGUCGCCAGACUGGCAUUCAGGUUUUCCUCGAGCUGGAUAACCGCAAGUGCAUCGGAAUGACCGGGGCUGAGUGUUUUGGGACUGCGAACGAGGCCGCCGAAUUCCUCGCGGCAACCGCGUCCAAACAUUCACUGUCGAAACAGUUCCCCAUAUUCCAGGUGAAGGGUGUCAAUCCCGAUGACGAUGGUAUUCCGGAACAGACCAACACGAACUACGUCCUGCUAGGGUUCUUCAUCGGUCUGCUGCUAUUCGCCAUGUGUGGAGUGCUCGUUGCCAAUCGGAAGCGAGCCCACGGAGUUACAUGGUUCCCAGAAGGGUUCCUCAAGGCUAACACCAACGUUCGCCGACCUUCUCGGAGACGGCCGGAUGGCCAAGAAAUGCGCAAUCUCAACAAAAACCCAUCGAUGGUUGACAUGGCCAACGGUCACAUGGGACACUCCCAGCAAUGGUGUAACAGCGACGAUGAAUCGGAAAUGCCACAACCGAAACGCUUACGGGCAAUCGAUCAAGGCUACUCAAGUGAUCAUACCGCAAUCACGGACUACGAGGAAACGGAACCGAGGGUGUGGUCUCAGCAGCACUUUGAAGCCGCCGAUAUUCGGGAUCAUCCGGCGAUGAUGACUCCACCGACGCAUCAUGACGGGGGCCACAACGAUGUGGACGUUAGAGGUCCCUGCGGUAUGACCCCACUGAUGGUGGCCGCUGUUCGCGGAGGCGGUCUCGACUCGGGAGAGGAUAUCGACACUACGGAUGAUUCAACGGCACAGAUUAUCUCGGAAUUGGUGGCGCAGGGUGCUGAGUUGAACGCCACUAUGGAUAAGACGGGAGAAACUUCACUACAUUUGGCCGCACGGUACGCUCGAGCUGAUGCUGCCAAGCGUCUGCUCGACGCAGGAGCCGAAGCAAACAGCCAGGAUAACACAGGCAGAACCCCGCUACAUGCGGCUGUUGCCGCCGAUGCCAUGGGAGUCUUCCAGAUCCUGCUGAGGAACCGUGCGACCAAUCUGAACGCGCGUAUGCACGAUGGAACCACUCCGCUGAUUCUGGCAGCCCGUCUCGCCAUCGAAGGUAUGGUCGAGGAUUUAAUCACUGCCGAUGCGGACAUCAACGCAGCGGACAACAGUGGCAAAACGGCUCUGCAUUGGGCCGCUGCCGUCAACAAUGUGGACGCUGUCAAUAUUCUCCUCACCCACGGUGCCAAUCGGGACGCACAGGACGACAAAGACGAAACUCCGUUGUUCCUGGCGGCCCGCGAAGGAUCAUUUGAAGCGUGCAAGGCUCUGCUGGAUAACUUCGCGAACCGUGACAUCACCGACCACAUGGACCGAUUGCCACGUGAUGUCGCCAGCGAACGGAUACAUCAGGACAUCGUGCGGCUGCUGGACGAACACAUUCCACGCAGUCCCCAGAUGGUGACGGCCAUCCCGAACACGAUCAUGUCACCGACGGCGCAUCCCCACAUGAUCACCCAUCCGACGAUCAUCGCCUCGACGAAGCAAAGCAAGCAGAAGAGCAAGCGAGCGAAGGCGAAUGGGGCUGCCUCGGGCGCACAGAAUCCGAACAGUCCGGACAACGAUGGAAGCAUGCGGCGGAAGGCGGUGGCCAAGAAGCCGAACGGCGCUAGCGCCAAGAAGAACAACAACAACAUUGUGGACGUGCAAAUUCCGGACGAUCAGCUGAGUUCGGUGGAAUCACCGCUUGCGAACAUUCCGAGCCCGUACGACACGGUCAGUCUGUACUCGAACGCGAUGGCGGUGCACCAGAUGGACACCAUGACGGGCAACAAGAAGCCACCGAGCUAUGAGGAUUGCAUCAAGAGCGCUCAAUCGAUGCAGUCCUUGCACAACAUCAACCUGGACAACUAUGGGUACUCGAUGGGAGGCGGUGCCACAGGGAACACACCCUUCCAGGAUCUGUUGAUGAAUCAGCGUGGAGGUGGCGCUGCCAGUAUGAUGCACGCGAUGCACAUGGGCGAGAGUGGUCUCAGUCCGCCAUACUCGAACCAGUCGCCGCCGCAUUCGGUGCAGAGCAAUCUGGCGUUGUCCCCACAGGGUUAUAUAGGUUCUCCUUCACCUGCUAAGACUCGCCCGAGUCUACCGACGUCGCCAACACACAUUCAGGCAAUGAGACACGCGCAGCAGCAAAAGCACGGUGUCCAGAUGAUCUCCAACGGAAAUAUGCAACAGCAGCAGCAGCAGCAACAGCAAAACAACAAUAGUAUAGGCUGCAACCAACAACAACAGCAGCAGCAACAGCAACAACAGCAGCAGCAAAGCAGUAGUAGUAACAAAAACAACUCAAACAGUGCAAUGUUGGCCGGUCUGCAAAUGAAUUUUGUCAAUGGCUCUACCGGAUUGGAGCUGGCGGGUUUCUGCAGUCCUACAGGCCAAGGAUCUCAAGCUUCAACGUCCCAAAACACCACGGCUACCGCUAUCUCUUCGCCAUCGAGCUCGACCAUGUCGUCCUCCCAUCUGUCGCCGCUGUCGUCGGCCUCCGCCCACUGCCAGCAGUCCACCCUGAACAGCCAGAAUGCCUCGUUCUAUCAGUAUCUGACCCCGCCGAGUCAGCACAGCGGGGGCGUAACGCCGCAGCAUUUGGUCCAAACGCUGGACAGCUAUCCGACGCCAUCGCCGGAGUCACCCGGCCACUGGUCAAGUUCCUCGCCCCAUUCGACCUCGGACUGGUCCGAGGGUGUCCAGUCGCCGGCGGCAAACAUGAAUGUGUACGUGACGAGCGCCCCGACCGGCGGCCACCAGGCGAACAAGGGUUCCGAGGCGAUUUACAUAUAAGUAUGUGUAACAACAUCCGUUCCAUGACACCAUGACAAAUCGAAGAAACAUAAGUGCCUCGUCCCCCUCCGCUUAGCCUUUGCAUGGAUGUGGAGGUAAGAGAACAGAUUAUGCCAAUGUGUCCCCCCUUCUCCGCUCCCACUCCCAGCGGUCCCUGAUGUAGGGCCGGGACAAGCGGAUCGUGAUAGUGAUAAUUUAUUUGAUAAAUUAACUAAUGUUUAAGUAAUUCUUGAAAAAGACUCCCCCCUCCUCUACACAUAACACACACAGAGCGUGCUAAAAACAACACUGCUAAACGGGAGUGUGCGUGGCUUCUUGCGGGAAUUCUUUGAAUGAGUGCGUGCGUGUGAGUGUACCCGAUGGACGCGCGAAUAUAAACGUUAUAAUCUACUCAAACUGUCGAGGAACUCAUGCAUUCCUCACCGUAAAUGUAACUGGACAAUUCCUUGCUUAAAACAGAAUAUUUUUAGUAGAUUUUUUAAACGAUAAAACACAGAUUUUAGAAAAAAAAGACGAAAUGUACAAUAUACUUAUAAAUAUAUUGCUAUUUUAGUGAAACACUCAGUAAACGAUUAUUAGAGGGAGACAACCGUCAAAAGGAAACAAAAACGACGGACGCGUUUAGUAAUGUUAACUUAUUGAUUAAUAGGAGAUACAUAAGCAAAAGGAAAAAAAAAGAUAUCAAGCGCAUAUGAGAAAUGCCCUCGAAUUCACACUAGAAACACUUUUUUUCACGUAGGUUAUCCCAAACUGUAUAAAGUCUGUGGACAGAAACUCGAAAAUAUGGUCUGAUUACAAGUUAGAGUACUUUUCUCUCACACGUGCUACAAUUAGCAAGUAACUUUUUUUAUUAUCUUUAACCCUCACAUGCGGAAAGAAGUAAGUUUUUUUUCGAAAGUUUACUUCCUAUUUUCGAUUAAAUUAAAAUCGAAUCGAAAAUGCGCCGCAUUUUUCAGCUGUGUAGAUGUUGUACAUAGUCACCCACUUUUUUUAAACUAAGAAAUUGCGAAGUUUUUAUUUGAAAUUUUUGUAGUAUUUUAUCGAGAAUCUUUGAUCAAUGAUAACACACAGAACAACGCGCAAUAAAAGCGGAUCAUUAUUUUACGACAAUCUCUAGCAACUUAGUGUAGUGAAGAAAAAUUCUCUCUUUUUUAAAAAAGCGCUGAAGUAACGAAAGCAGAAAGAAUAAUACUUGUUAAUAGUUUAAGGAUUCUUCUUGUUUAGUUCGCCAGUUGGAAUGAAUCUCAGAAAAAAAGCAAAACAAUACACACAAUUCACCACCAGUGAGUGACCCAAUCAAAAUACCAUUUGCAAUAUACGACGACAGAACGGAACGGCUCGCGGCGCGCGCGGUGUUAACGUGGCCGCUCCAACACACUUUUCCUCAUAUCUGUGUGUAAUGUUUCUCAAGUGAUAAUCCACUCGGUCAACUGCCUCUCUGUGAGAAAAUCAUGACAAGCAUAGAAUUUUGUUUUAAUCCGCGAAAGAACCUUUUUUUUAGCUGUUUACCUAUAUUUUAACGUGCACGAGAAAGCCAACACAAGUUAGUUGCAGGAAAGAAAAUGCAAAACGAACGGAAAUAUAUAGGCGAUAUUUGUCUUACGAUUUUAAAAAAGAGAAGAACAUACAAUAAAAAAUGUAUAAAAUUUA